AUGAACCCCGCAAGUCACUCACCGGGUGGAGCCGCCGUGCCCCCCACGGUGAUGGUGACAGGGGUCGGCACCGCCCGCGAGGAUCCGUGGCCGCAGAUGGAGAAGCAGGUGGGCGCUAUGCUGGCGGACUUGAACGCGCAGAUACAGCGCUUCCACGGCACGGCUACGGCCACCGUGAUCGCCGAGAACGAACUGCUAGAGUCCGUGGGUAGCUGCAGCGAAGCUGUGGAGGAUAUGCGCUUUGCCCUCGAUACCGCCAUGGAGCACCCGGAGUCCUUCGCUAUCACCGCAGAGGAGCUGCAGAGCCGUGCAGAGCGCAUUCGUGGGUGGGAGCGCGACAUGAUGAGGGCCCAGCAGGUCGCAGAAAAGGUCAAGACGGCGCAGCGCAAGCGCAUUAUGGCUCAGGAGGGCGACAUCGAUGACAACGGAGUGCGCGAGAACAGCGACUUCCUUCGUCAAGAGCAUGAUAUUCAGCGAAGCGUGAUGCAGCAGGACGACCAGACGCUGGAUCGGCUGUCGAGCGGCAUCCACCGCGUCAAGGACACCGCUGUGAACAUUCAGGAUGAGCUCAACACCCAAGAACACAUCCUCGACGACAUUGACCGCGGUAUGACUCGUGUGCAGAUGCGCCUGGAGGGGGCCAUGAGGAAGGUCAGCAAGCUGAUCGACUCUACGAGUGAUAGAGGCAAGAUGAUCUGCAUUGGCGUUCUCUUCCUCAUCCUUGUGAUCUUGAUUUUAUUCGUCCUUCGGUAG